GUAAAAUGGAGGGUAGUGGGUCCCUUAAAACGAGCUUCUUCUUCUCCCCUCUUUAAAAACUGCUUCCCCUCUCUCUUCAUCUUCAACCAACACUUUCACUCUCUCUCUCCUUUCCAUUUCCAUUUUGAUUCUUUUUUUGGGUAUAUUAUCUAUUAAACAAUGGCUGACGAAGUUCAGAUGAAUGCUCAUGCAGACCAGGUGACGGUGGUGGAUGUUGCCGACGUGCCACAAGCUGAGAAAUCUCCGGUGGUUGCAGCGAAAGAGCCACCGUCGGCACCUGAAAGCGACGAAGAACAGGCUUUAGAGACAAAGGCGUCGGAUACGGCAACAAAUGGUGAUGGACAUGGUGAUGAAAAAGUCCCUCAGUCCGGUUCUUACAAGGAAGAAAGCACUAGGGUUGCUGACCUUGUCGACACUCAAAAGAAAGCUGUCGAACAACUUAAAGCGCUUGUCCGAGAAGCCCUCGACAAGCAUGAGUUUUCUGGGUCUGUAAUGCCACAGCAACAACAAGAGCAAAAGGAUGAAUCUGUCAAAGAAGAAGAAACGAAGGACCAAUCGCCGAAGGAAGAAAACAUCUGUCAGGUUGAUGCCUCACCGGAAGAUGACGGUGCUAAGACCGUCGAAGCCAUCGGAGACACCGUCGUUUCCGUCUCUUCUUCAGUCCAAUCACCGGAAGCAGCUAAAGAACCGGUAGAAGCAAGCGCCGAUCCGGUUCCGGAAGAACCUAACAAAAUUGUCCCACAGGAGGUAUCCAUAUGGGGCGUACCACUUCUCGCAGACGAAAGAAGCGAUGUCAUCCUCUUAAAAUUCCUAAGAGCCAGAGAUUUCAAGGUGAAGGAUGCCUUCAUCAUGCUCCAAAACACCAUUCGUUGGCAAAAAGAGUUCGGCAUCGACCAACUCGUGGAACAAGAUUUGGGUGAUGAACUACACAAAGUGGUGUUCAUGCACGGUUUCAACAAACAAGGACAUCCGGUGUGUUACAAUGUGUUCGGGGAAUUCCAAAACAAGGAGCUUUACCGGAAAGCAUUCUCCGAUGAAGACAAGAGGCAAAAUUUCUUGAGAUGGAGAAUCCAAUUCCUGGAAAAGAGUAUCAGGAAACUGGAUUUCAGCCCCGGUGGAAUAUGUACCAUUGUUCAAAUCAAUGACCUCAAGAAUUCACCGGGACUUACCAAAUGGGAGCUUAGACAAGCAACUAAACAAGCCCUUCAAUUGCUGCAGGACAACUACCCAGAAUUUGUUGCCAGACAAGUGUUUAUUAAUGUACCAUGGUGGUACCUUGCGGUCAAUAAGAUGAUAAGUCCAUUUUUGACACAAAGAACCAGAAGCAAGUUUGUAUUUGCUGGCUCUUCUAAAUCUGCAGAUACCAUUUUCAGAUACAUUGCUGCCGAGCAAGUGCCAGUCAGAUACGGAGGACUGAGCAAAGACGGUGAAUUUGCCACCACCGACGCCGUCGUCGAGGAAACUGUUAAACCAGCGGCGAAGCACACAGUUGAGUUCCCAGUUACUGAGGCGUGUUUUGUGACGUGGGAAGUGAGAGUUGUUGGAUGGGAUGUGAGCUACGGCGCGGAGUUCGUGCCCGGCGGUGAAGACAGCUACACCAUAAUAAUACAGAAGAGCAAGAAGGUGGUUGGUGAUUCGGUGGUGUGCGACAAUUUCAAGGCCGGUGAACCUGGCAAGGUUGUUCUCACCAUCCACAAUCCCACCUCGAAGAAGAAGAAGCUCCUCUAUCGAUUCAAGAUUAUGCCUACAUCUGAUUAGAAAUUUUCCAAAUUUGAAC